GAUAAUAACAAAUUUCUCUCAAAUAUACGUUUUCUAUAAAAAGAAUAGUCUGAAUUUGAUUUUUAUAUAAACAAAAUUUUAAUAUACACUAUUGAUAUAUAUAUAAAUAUACGUGGCAUAUGUGAGAACUAUUAAAUCCAAGAAAGAAGCAACAAUAUUUUGUUUCUCACGUAACUUCCUCCAAAAAAUCAGCAGAGAACAAGAUAUCGAAUAUGGCCACCACGACGGAGCAUCUCGCCGUUAGUGGACAGGACUACAUUGUCGACCUUCUUCCGACCGACGAUGACCACUCGUCUCCACCCUCUUCAUGGCGUCUCAAACUCGACACGUUCCAGCUCCCUUCUUCUUCUCCCGCGUCCUCUCGCCGUACUCGCUUGUCCCGUUAUCUCCAGACUCCAAAAAAGGAACGAAAAGUCUCUGAGUACUACAAGAAGCAAGAGAAGCUGCUUGAAGGUUUCAAUGAGAUGGAGACAAUCAAUGAAACUGGUUUUGUCUCUGGAGCUCCAUCUGAGGAAGAGCUGAAGAAGCUUGCCAAGAGUGAGAGGCUUGCAGUGCACAUCUCAAACGCAGCAAACCUUAUCCUGUUUGUAGCAAAGGUUUAUGCUUCUGUGGAGAGUAGAUCUAUGGCUGUGAUUGCUUCAACUUUGGACUCUCUCUUGGAUCUCUUGUCUGGUUUUAUUCUAUGGUUUACUGCAAACGCCAUGAGAAAACCAAACCAUUUCCACUAUCCUAUCGGUAAACGAAGGAUGCAACCUGUGGGGAUCAUUGUGUUUGCAUCUGUCAUGGCAACUCUUGGGCUACAAGUGUUGCUAGAGUCAACUAGGCUACUGGUCUCCAAGGAAGGUCCUCAUAUGAGCAUCACCGAGGAAAAGUGGAUGAUUGGAAUAAUGGCUUCUGCUACAGUCGUCAAGUUUCUUCUCAUGCUUUACUGCAGAAGUUUUCAGAAUGAAAUCGUCAGGGCCUAUGCACAAGAUCACCUCUUUGACGUUGUCACCAACUCAGUGGGUUUAGCAACUGCAGUCUUGGCUGUAAAAUUCUACUGGUGGAUUGAUCCCUCUGGUGCUAUUCUUAUUGCUUUGUAUACAAUCAGUACAUGGGCAAGAACGGUACUAGAGAAUGUUCAUUCUCUUAUUGGACGCUCUGCACCACCUGAUUUCUUGGCGAAACUAACGUUCUUGAUAUGGAACCAUCAUGAGAAGAUUAAACACAUUGAUACAGUAAGAGCCUACACGUUUGGGUCACACUACUUUGUUGAAGUGGACAUUGUUUUGCCAGAGGACAUGAGGCUGCACGAAGCUCACAACAUUGGAGAGACUCUUCAGGAGAAGCUCGAGCAACUCUCUGAGGUCGAGAGAGCUUUUGUUCAUAUUGACUUUGAGUUCACUCAUCGUCCUGAACACAAGUACAAGGUUUGAUUUAUCAUCUGGUCCCAUUAAUUAGAACCUAUCUUGAUAUUCAAACUUGGAUUUGUGUUGGGUAUGUGGACAGGGUAGUGUUGGCCCAUAUGGAUAUUUUUGUCAAUAAUUAGAAAAUUCAAAUUUCAAUAAUGAUAAUAAGUUAAUAAAUUUGUUGUAGUAUAUAAUAUUAUUAUUUUAUUAUAAGCUUUUUGAAAAUAAUCUUAUAAUAAUAACUACAAUUUACCAAUACCAUAUCACAAUAGUUUUUUACUUACACCACACUAAACUUUUAUAUAUAUGUUUACCUCUAUUAAUUUAUAUUAAAUCGCAUCAUUUAG